CAUCGCGCCGAGGAGCCGUAGUCCGAGAGCUGGCCGCCGGCUGCUGCCCAGGGAUCGCGGACCCGACGCAGGUGGACCAUGUGGACCCUAGUGAGCUGUGUGGCCCUAGUGGCAGGGCUGGUGGCUGGAACACAGUGCCCAGAUGGUCAGCUCUGCCCUGUGGCCUGCUGCCUGGACCCAGGAGGAGCCAGCUACAGCUGCUGCAAUCCCGUUCUGGAUGCACGGCCCACAGCACUGAGCAGGCGUAUGGACAGACCCUGCCAGACUGAUGGCUACUGCUCUGCUGGCUACUCCUGCCUUCGUACUGUCUUGGGGACUUCCAGUUGCUGCCCAUUCUCAAAGGCAGUGUCAUGCGCGGAUGGCCACCACUGCUGUCCACGGGGCUUCCACUGCAGUUCUGAUGGGCGAUCCUGCUUCCGAAGAGCGGGUGUGGCAGGGUCACAGGUGGAGGAUGACAACCCUCUGGGUGCUGUCCAGUGCCCCGGGAACCAGUUCGAAUGCCCCAACUCCUCCACGUGCUGCGUUAUGGUUGAUGGCUCCUGGGGAUGCUGCCCCAUACCCCAGGCUUCUUGCUGCAAAGACAAGGUGCACUGCUGUCCCCAUGGUGCCUCCUGUGACCUGGUUAAUGCCCGCUGCAUCACACCCAUGGGCACCCACCCCCUGGCAAAGAAGAUCCCUGCACAGAGGACUAAUCGGGCAGUGGCUUUGUCUACCUCUGUCGUGUCUACCUCAGUUGUGUGCCCCGACGGCCGGUCCCAGUGUCCUGAUGGUUCUACCUGCUGUGAGCUGCCCAGUGGGAAGUAUGGCUGCUGCCCAAUGCCCAAUGCCAUCUGCUGCUCUGACCACCUGCACUGCUGUCCCCAGGACACUGUGUGUGACCUGAUCCAGAGUAAGUGCAUCUCCAAGGAGAACACUACAGACCUCCUCACCAAGCUGCCCGCACUCACAGUGCAGGAGGUGAAGUGUGACAUGGAGGUGAGCUGCCCAGAUGGCUACACCUGCUGCCGCCUACAGACGGGGGCCUGGGGCUGCUGCCCUUUUACCCAGGCUGUGUGCUGUGAGGACCACAUACACUGCUGCCCAGAGGGGUUUACAUGUGACACAGAGAAGGGUACCUGUGAACUGGGGCCCUACCAGGUGCCCUGGAUGGAGAAGGCCCCUGCCCACCACAGCCUGCCAGACCCACAAGCCAUGAAGAGUGACAUCCACUGUGAUAACUUCACCAGCUGUCCCUCUGCCAGUACCUGCUGCAAACUCCUGUCUGGGGAGUGGGGCUGCUGUCCUGUCCCAAAGGCUGUCUGCUGUGUAGACCGGCAGCACUGCUGCCCCCAGGGCUACACGUGCACGGCCAAGGGGCAGUGUCAGAGGGGGAACGAGACAGUGGCUGGACUGGAAAAGACACCUGCCCGCCCCAGAGACAUUGGCUGUGACCAGCACACCAGCUGCCCGGUGGGGCAGACCUGCUGCCCAAGCCUGAGUGGGGGCUGGGCCUGCUGCCAGUUGCCCCAUGCUGUGUGCUGUGAGGAUCGCCAGCACUGCUGCCCGGCUGGGUACACCUGCAACGUGAAGGCCCGGUCCUGCGAGAAGGAAGUAGCCUCUGCCCAGCCUGCUGCCCGCCUGGCCCAGGGGCCUCAUGUGGGUGUGGGGGACGUGCAGUGUGGGUCAGGGCACUUCUGCCAUGAUAACCAGACCUGCUGCCAAGACAGCCAAGGGGGCUGGGCCUGCUGUCCCUACCGCCAGGGCAUCUGUUGUGCAGAUCGGCGUCACUGCUGUCCUGCUGGCUUCCGCUGUGGGGCCAGGGGCACCAAGUGUUUUCGCAGGGGGGCCCUGCGCUGGGACACCCCUUUGAGGAACCCAGCCCCGAGACAGCUGCUGUGAGGGACAGGACUGAAGAUGCUCCGCAGCCCUCGGGACCCUGCUCAGCAGGUCCCCACUGCUCAGGCCUCCCCAACACCUCUCCCCACUGAAAUUCUCACAACCCCACCAUGCUGAGUCCUUCCAGCACGGUGGGAGGUGGGGCCUCACUCUAAGGCCUUCCCUAUCAGAAGGGGGGCUGUGGCGAAAGCCACGUUACAAGCUGCCGUGCCCUCCCCCAAUUUCUGUGGACCCUGUGGCCAGGUGCUGUUCCCUAUCCACAGGGGUGUGUGUGUGUGUGUGUGUGUGUGUGCGCCAAUAAAGUUUGUACACUUUCUUAA